GCGAUCGAUACAGCAGUAAAAUGUUCAAAGUGGGAUAUUUUAGGAAAGGGUCGACAUGCACAGGGAGGGAAACACGGUCGCAGAGCUGACUGGCUCGACGAGAGACAAGCAUAAAACCUGAAAUCAAAUGUUACGUCAAGUCUAUUGAAUCAGUCCUUGAGAUGAGCUGAGUAAAACCACCUGUUUUUUGUGGAAAUAAGCAGCUGGGAGCCCCCUGCAGGUCAUGUCAUCCCAUUGUCUUCUUGACAUAAUUUGCAGCUAAUCAUUUAGAAAGUCCACCUGGAGGAAAGCAUCUGAGACCUGAACGCCAGGAUGACCUCAACACAACGUUAACACUUGCGCCAAGAGCAGGAGGUGGAAACCAUAGCAACAGACGUGUUCUGUGUGUGUGUCCUGAAGAUGCCUCUAUUAUUUAUCCCGGUUGCAUCAGAGUCUGAAGCAUUACCCAAGAAUCAGCUUCUGCUAAGCCGACAGAAGACAGGCAACUGCACCAUGGUUAUUGCCAUGGACGACCAACUAUUGGAAGACAACUUAAUGUGUAUACCGAAGCAGUACUCAAACAUGUACCUUCUUUUGGGCUGAUAUCCCCUGAUAACAGCUGCGAUGGCUUUUUGCAAUGAAAGCCUGCUGGAGGAGUGUGACUUCAUGGAGCCGGACAAUGUAGAGGAAGCAGCUGAAAGUCUCCCGUCAGAAGCUGCGACUCCCCUCAUAUCAGUCACUCUGCGCGUGACCCUGGCAGGCAUAAUGAUCUUCAUGAUUACUAUUGGUUUCCUCGGCAAUGCGAUUGUGUGUCUAAUUGUUUACCAAAAACCUGCCAUGCGUUCUGCGAUCAAUCUCCUCCUUGCCACGUUGGCCUUUUCAGACAUAAUGCUGUCUUUGCUCUGCAUGCCUUUCACUGCAGUCACUGUGGCCACUGCCGACUGGAGCUUUGGAAGCGGGUUCUGCCGAGCAUCCAUCAUGCUGUACUGGCUGUUCGUCCUGGAGGGGGUGUCCAUACUCCUCAUAAUCAGUGUGGACCGUUUCCUCAUCAUUGUGCAACGACAGGACAAGUUGACCCCGCACAGAGCUAAACUGUUGAUUGCAGGCUCAUGGGUGCUGAGCCUGUGCGUGUCCCUGCCGUCUGUAGUUGGGUGGAGGACAGGUGCAGCAGGUAUUGGGGGUGCCUGGGCGCCGCAGUGUGUGCUGGGAUACAGUGAAUCUCUGGCAGACCGUGGAUACACAGUGCUGUUAGCAGUAGCAGUAUUCUUUGUACCAUUUGCUGUCAUGCUGUACUCUUACCUGUGCAUCCUCAACACAGUGCGUCGCAACACCCUGCGCAUCCACAACCACACCAGCGAGCAUUCCUGCCUGCCAGCGCUCAACCAAGUCAGCAAAAUGAGACUUACCGGGCUGCAGCGGCCGCCUCAGAUCAAGGUGGACAUGAGCUUCAAGACCCGAGCCUUCACCACCAUCCUCAUCCUCUUUGUCGGCUUCUCUGUGUGCUGGUUGCCGCACACGGUGGUCAGCUUGCUGGCCGUGUUCAGCCGACAGUUCUACUACAGCUCGGUCUUCUACCCAGUCAGCAUAGGCGCUCUGUGGCUCAGCUACCUGAAGACAGUGUUCAACCCUGUCAUCUACUGCUGGAGGAUCAGGAAGUUCAGGGAGGCCUGUCAGGAGUUCAUUCCCAAGAGCUGCAGACUUUGUCCCAGAGUACCAGGCAGGAGCCGUAGGAGAGUGAGGCCCAGCAACAUCUAUGUGUGCAGCGAGACUCAGUCAGCUGUGUGAAACAUGGAGGACCAGUUUGUUGAUGCACAAACCAGCAGCUGCUGACAGUGCUAUCAACAACAAUUUUUUAACUCUUACUUUAGCAAUCAGCACUCUUAAUAAGCAAUCAGAGGCUGCUAAAGUUCACCUUUAAAAGAGUAUACUGGUUGUCGACAAAAUAAUCUCACCACAAGAACAAACUUUUCAAUCUUAGUUUUUAAAACAAGUCCUCAGAGGAAUAAAAUUUCAACAGUCACGUGACACCUGGGCAUCUGCUGAGGAAGGUUGUGUAAUAGAGUUGACCGCUCCAGGAAAUCUACUGAAUGGACCUUGUGGUGAGAAUAUUUUGUAUGCUGCUUCAAAGCUCAGCAAUGAACUUUCAGUCUCAAGAAAUCUUAGCUUCAUGGCCAUUAUGGUUUCUAAAACUUACUGCCAUUCAAACAAUUUCACCAUCCUCCAAUGUCAAUUUAUUUUUGUUUCAUAAUUUGUCCCUCAAGUUUUUUAUCAACGUUACUCUUUCUUUCAGACUGUAGACUCAAUGUUCAGUCUUUGAGUAGUAGUGGUGAUAAUAAUUCUGUUGUCAGUUACUAUGUGAAGGGUUUCACAAAAAAACAUACAAGGUCAUAAUGUCCAGUGAUGUUGUCAGAGGGAAGCCUGAAAGCUCUCAACUGACUUGAAAAAAAGAUUUUAAUGACAUUUGUGAAGAAACACAACCUUAUGUGAGUUGAAACCAUGAGUAUGUCAACAAAUAACUAUUGAGCUGUGAAUGUUUACUUGAAUGUAUUAUCGUUUCAUGAAUGACCAAACCAGGUGAAUAAAUAUAGUUUUUAAAAGAGGUUGCGUUGACAGACCGGA